AUGAGACGCCCCUGGAGACGGCCUGGACUUUUUGGUGCGACCGGGGACCCCGGGGAAUACCGGGGAAUACCGGGGAUCGAGACAUCACGGGACUGGUUGAGGGGCGAACGGUACGACAAAAAGACCAGCGACCGGAAAGAGAGCGAACAGUACAUGGAAGGUUUGAAGCAGCUGGGCAGCUUCAACACCGUGGAGGGCUUCUACCGCCACUACAGUUUCCUUCUGCGGCCUUCCGAGCUUCCCCGGGAUCACAACGUACUUCUCUUUCGCAAAGGCUACAGACCCAUGUGGGAGGAGUUCCCUGAGGGCGGUUGUUGGAUCAUCCGGAUCAAGCGAAAGGCCUCUCAGAACUACGUGAAUCGCAUGUGGGAGAACCUUCUGUUGGCGUUCAUUGGCGAGGAGAGCGAACUGGAGUGUAUUGCCGUGGAUACAUCAUGA